GAGCGGCGGUGGCCAUGGCGGUGUGCGCACGGCUGUGCGGCGUGGGGCCGGCCCGCGGCUGCCGCCGGCGCGGCGCGGCCAGGGAGCAGCGCCGCGGCGCCGCCGACAGCGAGCCCGACACCGAUACGGACCCGGAGGAAGCGGGAGGUGGCGGCGUCACGGAGGACGAUGAGGCCGCGGAACGCAUUGAGGGCGGGCGGCCCCUGCCGCCUUCUGUCGAGGCCGGCCCGGCCGGGCGGGCCCCGCUGUCCCUGUUGGAGCUGCCUCCGGAGCUCCUGGUGCAGAUAUUCGGCUCUCUGCCCGGUACCGACCUGCCCAGCCUGGCCCGAGUCUGCACCACCUUCCGCCGCAUCCUCCGCACCGACACGAUCUGGCGGCGGCGCUGCCGCGAAGAAUAUGGGGUGUGUGAAAACCUGAGGAAGUUGGAGAUCACAGGAGUGUCCUGUCGAGACGUUUACGCCAAACGUAUAAACCCACGGGUGAAGUCGGGGCGUUUUAUGAAAAUCCUGCCCGACUACGAGCACAUGGAGUACAGAGAUGUUUACACCUGCCUGCUGCACCGCUACCGGCACAUCCUGGGAUUGUGGCAGCCGGACAUCGGGCCCUACGGGGGACUGCUGAACGUGGUGGUGGAUGGUUUGUUCAUCAUUGGCUGGAUGUACCUGCCCCCUCAUGACCCUCACGUGGAUGAUCCCAUGAGAUUCAAACCCCUCUUCAGGAUCCACCUCAUGGAGAGGAAAUGUGCCACGGUGGAGUGCAUGUAUGGCCACAAGGGACCUCAUAAUGGCCACAUCCAGAUUGUGAAGAAGGACGAGUUCUCCACCAAGUGCAACCAGACGGAUCACCACCGGAUGUCAGGGGGCAGGCAGGAGGAAUUCCGGACGUGGCUGAGGGAGGAGUGGGGUCGGACUCUGGAAGACAUUUUCCACGAACACAUGCAGGAGCUCAUCCUGAUGAAGUUCAUCUACACCAGCCAAUAUGAUAACUGCCUGACGUACCGGCGCAUCUACCUCCCCCCCAGCAGCCCCAACGACCUCAUCCAGCCAGGCCUCUUCAAAGGCACCUACGGGAGCCACGGGCUGGAGAUUGUCAUGCUGAGCUUUCAUGGGAACAAAGCCAAGGGCACCAAGAUCACUGGAGAUCCAAACAUCCCAGCUGGACAGCAGACUGUGGAGAUAGACCUGGCCCAUCCUCUGCAGCUGCCUGACAUCGAGAACCUGCGAGACUUCAGCGAGCUGUCCCGCAUUGUGCUGGAGGUGCAGGAGCAGAUCCGGCGGGAGGAGCAGGAGCGGGAGCAGCGGCAGGAGGAAGAGGAGCAUUCCCAGCAGCCUGCCAGUCCCCUGGGAGGAGAAGGUGCUGAGGGGGAAGAGACUGGAGCUGGGGCAGAGGGGAAGACCCAGGACAAGGCCCCAGCUUCCCAGCCCUUCGUGCUGCCCAUGGGAGUGAUAUCGAGGAAUGAGGAUUAUCCCCGGACCUGCCGCAUCUGUUUUUAUGGGACAGGGCUCAUCGCUGGCCACGGUUUCACCAGCCCCGAGAGGACACCGGGGGUGUUCGUCCUGUUCGACGACGACCGCUUCGGCUUCAUCUGGCUGGAGCUCAAAUCCUUCAGCCUCUACAGCCGCAUCAAGGUCUCCUUCCAGAACGCCCAAGCGCCUUCCCGGGAGGCCUUCGAUGAGAUGCUCAAGAACAUUCAGUCCCUGGCUACUUGAUGAGUGCUUGGUGAUGGACAGGGGUGGCAAAGGCUGCUGCGCUCCCCAGCCGGGGCUCUCGGUACCUCUGGAUAGAAGCAUGCACUUUGAAUAAAGCCUUUUUACCCCAAAUGUCCACACAUCCCAGUUCAGACAUCCGUGACUGCCCUUUCCUCUGUGCCACUCCACGCUGCCUCCCAGCAGUCCUUGUUUCCCAGUCUGUGCUUUGGAGAGCUGAAGGGAUCCUGCAGGGGAGGGAACAGACCUCCCUUAGUGCGAAAAAAAAGAAUGUAUUGGGACAAAACCGACUUUUGGUCAGAGGAACAGGCAGUGACAAAGCACAUCCUCCUCUCCAGAAACCUUUCUGUGGGUGCAGCGUUGCCAGCAGAGGCUGGUACGAUACCUGCAUCCUUGGCUUGCUAAUUGGAGUGUGUGGUUUCCUCUGCAGAAUUGCCUCAGCCAGGGCAGGAUCCCCACUGCAGAUGAGUGUGUGCAGCAUUGUCCUGUGGAGCUUGAUGGAUGUGCUGUCCCUGAGACCAGAGAUGAUUUUUUUUUCUCCUUGCAGGAGCUGGCUGUGGGACUGGAGAUGGGUGUAAAACUGCAAAAGCUCUUAUGUUCAGACUGGUUUGUACCUGAAAGGUUUUCUCAGAUCUUGUCAAGUGGCUCUGAAGAGGCACAGGAAGGAGCCAAAAGAAACCCAGCUGUGAGAUGAGCCCAGUAGGCUCCAGGUGGGCAGCACAAGGUGCCACAUGUCCCCCUGGUCCUGUGUGACCCCAGGGGUGCCAUUCCUGUUCAGGCUGCCCUUCAGAGCCCUUGUAUUGUGUGGCUUGUUCUGGCUCCUGGAGCAGUGGCUGCUGCUGCCCCCCUCACAGAACCCUUCUUUCCCUUUCCAGUUGCACUUCUUUCAUCCCAGAAUGAUUUUGUGGCAGAUCUGAGCUCCACUGGGAGUUGUGUGCUGCAGGCAAGGGAGCAGAUUCCCUUUGGACUGUGCUGUGCAGGAAAAUCCUGGCCAGUGCUCAUCUGCAGGCUGUGAAUUGUGCUGGAAACCAUCAGCACUAUCACAAGCCUUUGUUGCAGCUGCCCUCUGGCUGUGAUGACAAACUCCAGGUCCCUUCUCUUCUCCCCAGAUCAGUGUCUAACAAAACCCUGCCGUUCCAUCUCUGCAGUUUUAGGUCUGUAAAUGUGUCUGUACCUGUGCUGGGAGGUUUCAGGCCCCCUCUGGGGAGAAGUUUCAGUCCCUGCCUGGUUCCAGUGCCUGUGAACAGCUUUUAUUCUCACUCUCACAAGGGCUUUUUGCCAUUUCUGCCUCUCAUGUGUUCCCUCAGCUGUGUGAGAACCCAGGCUCCAGCAGAGACAAUGAGCAGCAGCUCAUGUCACUCACAGGAUUAAUUCCUGUCUCUCUGGAUGGAGCUUUCCAAACCUCUGGGAAUUUCAAGGUGAUUUAGGGCACUUUUUGCUUUGUUUCCUGCAGCUUUGUGAGGAGUGGCAGUCCUGCCUCAGUGUCGGGGGUGAGGAGCUGUUACAGGCCUGCUGGAAAAGCUGGGAAAAUGUUGCAGGGUGGGUGUGAGCAGCCUGUAGAGGUUUUCCUGCCAGUUUGGAUCUCUCAGGGCUGGCAGAGAGCUCUGUGUGCUGUGGUGAGUGGGCAGAGGGGUGACCUGGAGCUGAGCUUGGCUCUCUCAGCCUCGUGCUCAGCUCGUGCCUGGUUUGCAGACAGAGGUUUCCAGUUUGGUGCAGCUUUCUGGGACAGCUGAAGAUGUUCAGUGCUGGGUUAAGGGUUGGACUCGAUCUCAGAGGUCUUUUCCAACCUAAAUGAGUCUAUGAUUAGGACUUUAUUUGGUAUCUCAGUGGUUUAUGUCCCCUUGGGCAGCUGUUCCCAUUGCCUGCCCCUAAAACCAGCUCUUCUUCAGCUGGACCUGCAGCUCUGAGUGCAGAUUCCUCCCCACUUCAAUAUCCCUGCCAAAAAAAAAAAUAAUCCUAAACUUUCACACAACUGACUUGAUAAUUUUGGCUUUUAGCUUUUAAAUUACGAUUAAUUUUUUUUUAAAUGGGGAUUAAAAUCCAGACUGCACUGAUUGCCCUGCAAGUACCUGAGGCUUGAGUCACUCUCCCAAGUGCUGACCUGUCUGUAGCCUCUGUCCUUUGUCACCUGGCCCAGGAGCCACCUGUUUGCUGUUGGCACAGGUUGUGCAUCUGCUUUUCUCCAGGCUUCUUUUUCCCUUCUGAAUUUCCAGUGGCAGUGCCAAGGAUCUCCUGAAGGCCAGACCUGCUUGGCUGGCUGGAGAGAACGAUUUUAGUGGAGGCUGAUGCCUUGGGGGAAUUUUCCCAGCUCUGCCUUGCCCCUGUAGUGGCAUCUUUUUAUUUAUAACUCACCUGGCUGGCCUCAAAAUGUCAGGAUAAUUCCUGAUAAAAGGCAGAACUGCUGGUACCCCCUGGCUUCAUUCUGUCUGGAGCAAAGGAAAUAGCAAGUUUUGUAUUAAUAAUCCUCCUCUGAUGCCUUUUCUCACCUUGUGCUGCUCCAAGCCUGGCAGGCUUUUGUGGCAUUUCAGAGGAAAAUUCCCUCUGGUUUGGCUGAGGGUGAGGAAAGCUGUGAAGAUGGAUUUGGGAAUGCUGGGGAUGCUCCUGUGCUGGAUGUUCCUUUGUGUGUGGCUCUGUCAGUGCUUCCAGAGCAGAGCAGGAUAACGUGGAGUUAACACUCCAGCUCUGGAAUCUUUGGGAAAGGGGAGAGACAGGUUUAGGAGCAGGCAGUUUGGAUCUGAUCCCCCAUGGCCCAGGGGGAUGCUCCUGCUUUCCCAGUCCUGCCUUUCCCCGUGGGAGCCUGUGCUGACAGGACACUUUGGUGCAGGCUGUACCACCCCCUGCACAACACUGCAUUCCCCACUCCUUUCCCAAAUCCCAGCUUCCCAGCCCCUUGGGAUCCUUGUGUGAGCUGUUGACAGGGAUAAUGUGUGCUGGGGCCCUGCAGAUGGUGAUCAAUCUCUGCUGCCGACGUCUCCUCGUCCUUUUGGCUCUGCAGGAAAUCUCAGGGACAAUUGGCUGGAUUUCUUCAUCCCAGAUGGGUGGAAAGUGCUGGCGAGGAUGGAAAACAACUUGUCAGGGGUAGGAAUACUCCUGGCAGGAGCUUUCUGGAUUAAACAAAGCCUUUGCAGGGAGGUUGCAGAGCCCCAGUGGCCACUGCAAGACCUGGAGCUGAAUUCUGGCUCAGGGACAAGAAGUGUCUGGUUCAUGUGCUGGGGAUGGGUUCUGCUCCUCCAUCCUGUGUUGUCAAAACACACGAAUUUGGCCAGCUGGAAAACAGGAACAUCAAAGCUCCAGUUUGUUUGCCUUGGGCCUGAUUUGAGAGCUGUGAAUGUGCUGUUCUCAGGCGUGGUGGCUGCCCUCCACGGGGAUGUGUCAGGCUGGGUUUCACUGAGGAGGAGGAAAAAGGAUGGAAUUGUUUGUAAAUUUGGGUGUCAGCUCUGCUGUGGAGUGAACAGCAGUGCUGCCCUGGAAUGGGACAGCAGCAGUGGGAGGGCAAUUCCUUAGGAAAUGUGUUCUGGGGAGAAAGGGAAUUCUGUGCAAACGUGCCUGGAGGUGUCAGCUCCCAGGAAAAGCCCAAACUGCAGCUGGCUCAGAAUUCACUUUUCAACAAGGAUGACUUUUUCUUGCUUUUUAUUAAUUCAAACCUAGUGGAACUCGAUGGGAGUGUUGGGUGUUGUGUGGAAAUGGGUUGUUUAGGCUCAACUUGCUAGUUUAGGGAAUGAUAAUGUGUUAACUCUGUGUUUUAGCUGGCUGCUCACGUGGCCGAUAAUCCUCUGUGGUGUUCAGCUGCCAAAGGCUCGUGCUGCCCUUCCCAGUGGGACACUGAAUUAUUUGGGAUGUGGAGUAGGAGAGGGAGGUACCAAACUGUGAGUGCCACUGACCUUUGGGUGCUUUGUGUGCUGAAUUCAAGUGUGUGGUUCUGGUUUUUGUUUGGAUUGCAAUCUUUGGAACUUUUGAGGCAAAGAGCACUUGGCUCGACCAUGUUCAUUAGCUUAAUUAAAGCAAUCUGCACUUUUGUUUUGUCAUUGAUUACUCCCCCUUCCCUGUUCCCAUGUGUAUUUUGCACUCACCACUUUAACAUGACACUGAUGGAUUAAUCUGGGCAUUUCCUGGAGGUUCUGAGUGUGGAUAAGUCUCUACAAAAGUAUUAAAAAUGAAGGUGAAACAUAAAUCCCUGCUUUGUACAGAGGGCAGUGGGAGGAAACCAUUGCACAUCCACCACCACAAAUAUUGGUGUGGAACAUGAGAAGUUGUACUUUAACCACCUCACCUGCCCAAGGGCUGGGGCUUUGCCUGUCCUUUCCUUGGUGGCUUAGAGAGGAAUGGGAUGUGUGAAAUCAACACCUGGCCGACUUCACCCCAGGUUUUGGAAAGCUGAGCAAGCCCUGUUGUGUUACUUUUACACCUGAUCAUUGUUACCCAAGGAGCCUUUUCCAAUUUCAAAUAAUAAAAUGCAAAAUUUUAUGAA